AUGGAUAACAUAACUCCUCAACAAGUGGCAGAUGCUUUUGUGGUAAACUAUUACAAGAUCCUCUCUGAUUCUCCCCAACAGUCCUACAAGUUUUAUAAUGAGUCGAGCCUUCUUUCCUGGCCCGAUUUUGAUGGUAUUUUGGCCCCUGUCAAGACGUUGAACGCAAUUAAUGAGAAGAUUAUGUCAUCUGAUUUCAAGAAUUUCACGAUCGAGAUAAAUACUGUAGAUGCCCAGGCCUCUCAAGAUGGAGGAGUUAUUGUUGCAGUAACUGGUUCUCUCAUUGAGGAUGAUCAAGUGACUAAUAUUUUCUUUCAGACCUUCUUUUUGGCCAAGCAAGAGAAUGGCUUCUUUGUGUUGAACGACAAUCUUCGGAUUUUUGAUUCAUUUGGGUCCAUGACCAAUGCUGCUGCUAAUCCUCUUGCUGUGCAGACCUCUGAAGGAUGCAAUGUAUCUGAUAGCUCUAAAUCCCCACAAAUCGAAAAAGCUGAAAUCAAGGAAGCCCUCGAUAAUUCUGUUGUCCCUAAGGACUCUGUUGCAAAAAGCUCUUCAUCAUUAUCUCCUGCUGCUUCAGAGGAAAAGGCAGUUCCAGCCGUAAAGGUGCCGUCAAUUGUUGUACCGGCUUCAAAUGCAAGCACACCUCCAAAGGUGCCUUCAAUUGUUGUACCGGUCUCAAAUGCAAACAUGCCUCCAAAACCCUCUUAUGCUUCCAUGCUGGCGAAAGAUGCCCCUGUAACCUCCCCAAAAUCUGCUACACCGAAGUCUGCAGUGGUCACUCCAAGUCCAAAAGCUCCUCUCAAGAAUGGGAUGCCAAAAUCUUCGAGCAAAAUCGUGUCUAAAUCACCACCAUCUGGGAAAAGUGAACCCGAAGCAAAAACCCCACCAGAAGCCAAAGGAGUAUUUGUUGGAAGCUUGCCUUACGAGAUAACUGAAAAAGCUCUAAGGGAUGCCUUGAACCAGUUUGGGCCUAUCAGAAAAUAUCCAGAUGCUGUCCAGAUUAGGAAACAUAACGAUGGUUUUUGUCUUGCAUUUGUUGAAUUCGAAUCUGCUGAUUCUGCUCGUCGUGCAGUCGAGGUUCAUCAUGUAAAAUUCGGCGAAAAGGAAGCCUAUAUUGCACACAAGAAAUCUACUGGUAGGGUGAGGUCCCCAACGAGGACCGGCUUUAGAAAUGGCAAUGGUAACAAGUCGGAUUACGACAAGGGCCGGGCCAGGGACUCUCAAGUGGGCCGAUCCUCCGGUCACGGGGCAAGGAGUAGUCGAGACCACACAUCAAAUUGA